AUGGCGCAUAAUAAUACUGUUUAUUAUUUGAAUAGUCAGGAAAUAGACUUAGACAAUGAGAUUCUUAUGUCUCCAUGCUCUAAGGUUUUAGAUAAUGAUAUGGAAUAUAAUUAUUAUGAUACUGUUUCUUUAACAUGCACGGUAACGCCACUGAAACAGCCUAAUUCUUCUGGUGUCCCUGAGGUCUUGUGUGAAUAUAGUCCUCCUGCAUCUGCGGGAGCAUCUUUGGAUGUACUUUCCUCUGCCUCAGGGAAAUAUGAUACUGCUGGUUUUUCUCGAUCUUCGUCUCUUGAAAGUGAAUCAGGGUUUUCUGUAUUAAGAGAAAGAUUGAUAUGUGGAGUUUGGUGGAAAGAAUUUGGUAUUGAAGGCAAUGACGUGGUUGAAAGCGUUAGUAUCAAUGAGAAUAAUAAAGUAUUAUGUCGUGGGAUAACAACGUUUUCCAAAAAUAAGCGUAAUAUUUAUAUUAUUGGAGAUAUUUGCAAUAAGCCUUAUUUAAAACAAAGAUUAGUAGCAAUUAUUGAUUUUGCUUCUAUUUUUCUUUUUUGCAAUGAGUUGUUUAUUCGUAUUAAGAAGUUAUCUUCUGGACUUGAAUCCUUAGUUAAAGGUCUUAUUUGGAUUGGGUUUAGAAUUGUUCCUUCUGCUUCUUUUUCUUCUGAAUAUUAUUUGUUGCUUAGUAUCCGCUUGUAG